AUGUGGAAGUCCCUCAUCAAGAAAAAACAUGCAUUUGUUCAUCUUGUAACUGCUCAAAAGAAGCUCAAAACACUUGCUGAUACCAUGGUGAAACCCGCUCCCACGGCUGCUGCUCAAGUUCGUCUUGUAACUCCUAACAAACCAACACCGUCUGAGGCUGAAAGGAUGGCUGAAAAAAUUUAUGCUUCUGCAGAAAAGAAAGAAAGACGCAAGCGAUUGGAAGUCUUUGUCAAGACUGUUUCAACAGCCACUAUUGCAUGCCUGGUCAUGAAACCCAUUGAUCAGUACAAUGGCCAGCCCUGGUAUUUCAAAGUGGAACAUGUCGCACCAUGCCUCAAGCUUUGGACCAACUCCUACCCGGAUGAGAGCAUCACGAUUAAUGAGGCAUUCAAAAAGCUUGCUAUUUGCCACACUGUGGACGUGAAUGAUCCUUCCCGCAAUAAGCAAUCUAUUGAAAAUUAUGAAGACAAACAAGGCAAAGGUCGCACUAACUAUUUCUUUUCCAUGUGGACUACCUUCACCAUUCCAGUCGAAAACUUUUCAUCUGUUAGUGAAGAAUCCCUCUGGAUUGUGGAGCAGGCCGAAGCUAUUGCUAAUAAAGUGCUCGAAGUUAUUGGCCAUGAAGCUUUCAAAUACCUCUUCAAAAAGGAAACUGAUGAUGCCCCUGGCCUUGUUCGUGCCAUGUAUGACCCCAAAUUGAAGACUAACUUCCCGAUUUUUGCCAAAAGUGCCAUUGUUAAAGUCACACAACUCACCCCUGAUGAAAGUCUCACUGACCUUGUCCCUACUGAAACGGAUCGUGAUAUCCACAGUGAAUUGUUGUUUUGCAUGUGCUACCAGACACUAUGA